GAAUACAUGAUGUUACAAGGACAAGGUUCCCGCCAGGCAAGUAUGGAUAUGCGUUUCGGAGAGUAAGGGACGUCAACAUACACCACUGUCAUGGCGUCCACUCUGGAGAGCAAAGUAGAGGAGCGCAAGGACAACAAUGAGAAAACCGUGGACAGAGAGAAAACGUGCCCCUUGCUGCUGCGUGUCUUCUGCUCCAAUGGCCGCCACAACAACAUAGGGGAGUACCGCAGGGGCAACACUCCCCCUAAUGAACUACAAAUAUACACGUGGAUGGAUGCUACUCUGAAGGAAAUUGGCAGCCUCAUUCUGGAGGUGAACCCCGACACCCGGCGGCGCGGCACAGUGUUUGAGUUCCGCCUUGUGUACCCGGAGCUGACCAAGCCCAUCCCCCGCAUGAAAGAACUUGGCUCCAUUGUGAUUGGUCAGAAGGGCUUUGAUGACAACAAGACAUUAGCUCAGUUAGGAUUCGUGAUUGGAGACUUCCUUGACAUUGCCAUCACCAGCCCUGGCCGGGGAAUGCCACCACAGCGACGGAUGAGGCCCUACUAGCACCUUCAUCUCUGUGCAAGCUGAGGGUGCUUCAAGGCCAUAGAGGAUUACCCAAAACAGAGGCAGAUAAGAACUCCUCAGUGAACUUCAGUACAAUUCCUUUUAUUAUUAAGGGUUUAGAGUGACAGAAUGCUUAAUGUUAUAGAUUCCACUGUGGCUAUUGUAAUCUUUUAGUACUGAAUUUCUCUUCUCAAUUCAGACUUCUUCCUUGGAUGAGUCUUGCCUCCCAGUCUCCGUGUAGGAUAUUUUGUGAAGACUGUUUCCUGAGGACAGUGGUAAAGUUCAGUAAUACCAGUCAUGCAGUGGUGUGUUGAUGUUGGUGGCAUUUGUAUUGCCCUAACAGGAUAGUCAAGGUUGAUCCAGAUCUUGGGCCCUGAUUAUCAUCUUGGCCCAUUUGGUGGUGUCAGACAUGUUUACUUUGAGUGCCCUGACAGGAAUUCAGUUCCCAGCUAAGAACCUCUCAUGGCUAAUUUAUUUUCUAUUCAUAUCAAUUUAUGAUGGAAGGAAACCCCUCACCAUAAUUUGUAUGCCUUGGUGUUUUAUAUCUUUCAUUGAGAGUCAGACAAACAGACUUAGUCAUGUUAAGAGCCGAAAAUUUGAUUAUGGUCUUAUUUAUGAAUACUAUAUACUUGUCUUAGAAGUUGAAUUGUAUAGUUUUUUUUUGUCCUUUGUUGUAUGUAUCUCACUUAACAUCAUAUCUUUACAUAUUUAGAAAUAUAAAAACACUGCAUUUUAUAUGAAUAAAUUCAGAGGUGCA